AUGGAGUUUGCCAUGAUAGGUUCAGAUAAUGGGUGCAAAACUCGACUGCCUUAUGGGUAUGCUCGCGCACGGGAAAGGGAGCACGAAAGGGAGAGACAGGUACAGCAGGCAACAGCCGCUGCUGAAGGUGCAGCAACUGGAGAGGGAGGGGAGUCCUCUGGCCACCUCCUUAACAACCACCAGCAGCAUCAGUCUCGCACCGCCUCCUCAUCAAAUGCCAACAACAGUAGCGGCAGUACCGCAUCGCGCCCCUCCUCCUCGCAACAGCCACAGCAGCACCACCAUGAGUCUGAGCAGCAGGUUCUCAGAGAAAGGAAAAAGCAACGCGGCGUAGGACGUUGGAGAAGGAGUCGCCAGACUCUCGGUGGGGACUUGCGCCACUCGGAGUUGGCGCUACUUGGAUCCGAGGAGGAUAUGAUAGAGGAGGACGAGGCGGAAGGAGGAGAAGAGGAGGACAGGGGAAGCAAGAGUUCCAGUUUUCUCUGUAAUAUGGAUGAUGAAGAGACUGUCUCACUCACAGAUAGACAUCCCCAAUCAGGAUACGAAAAUGUUUACAGUGAGUAUGUGUGCUGCGAAAGAGUUGUUAUUAAUGUGUCCGGACUAAAGUUUGAAACUCAACUUAAGACUCUCACACAGUUUCCUGACACUCUUUUGGGAGACCCGGACAAACGAAUCAGGUACUUCGACCCUCUAAGAAACGAAUAUUUUUUUGACAGGAACCGACCAAGCUUCGAUGCCAUUCUUUAUUAUUACCAGUCGGGGGGGCGAUUGAAGAGACCGCAAAAUGUACCUUUUGACAUCUUCUCUGAGGAGGUGAAAUUCUAUGAACUUGGGGAGGAGGCAAUGCUGAAGUUUCGGGAGGAUGAGGGUUUUGUCAAAGAGGAAGAGAAACCCUUACCAGAGGACGAGUUCAAACGCCAAGUUUGGCUUCUUUUUGAAUACCCAGAGAGCUCACAACCUGCGAGAGGGAUUGCAGUCGUGUCGGUUUUAGUCAUCGUUAUAUCAAUAGUCAUUUUCUGUAUGGAAACGUUGCCAGAGUUCAGGGACGAAAAAGAAUACCUUAAACCACGAGAUAAUUCGACAGAACCCCAUGGACAGACCCCUUUUAACGACCCAUUUUUCAUUGUGGAGACGGUAUGCAUUAUUUGGUUUUCAUUUGAGAUUAUAGUGCGCUUCUUUGCAAGUCCAAGUAAAACGGAUUUCUUUAAAAACAUUAUGAAUACUAUAGACAUUGUAUCCAUUUUGCCUUAUUUCAUCACGCUCGGCACAGAUCUUGCUCAACAGCAAGGCAAGGGGGACCAGGCAAUGAGUUUUGCAAUCUUGAGAAUAAUCCGCCUUGUCAGAGUCUUUCGCAUAUUUAAACUCUCCAGGCACUCCAAAGGACUGCAGAUCCUCGGACAUACCCUCCGCGCCAGUAUGAGGGAACUAGCGCUUCUGAUUUUCUUCCUCGUUAUUGGUGUCAUUUUGUUCUCGAGUGCAGUGUACUUCGCGGAGGCAGACGAACCCGCGUCUCAAUUCACAAGUAUUCCCGACGCUUUUUGGUGGGCUGUCGUCACUAUGACCACGGUCGGAUAUGGAGACAUGAAACCAAUAACUGUCGGUGGGAAGAUAGUUGGCUCGCUCUGUGCCAUAGCGGGUGUGUUAACCAUAGCUCUUCCAGUGCCCGUCAUUGUAUCCAACUUCAAUUACUUCUACCACAGGGAGACUGAUAAUGAAGCAGACUCGCCACCGGUUGUUGAAACCCCACCACCUGCCUGCCCAUAUUUCCCCAACUUUCUAAAAAAAUUUAAAGGUUCCCCCUCAGGCUCUUCGCUGGGUGAUAAAGCGGAGUACAUGGAGAUGGAAGAGGGGGUAACGGAGUCGCUGUGUGGGGUGGACAAAAGCCCGAGUAAAGGAAAUGGGACAGACAUUGGCAGGAAAAACAGUACAAGUUCAAAGUCACAACAGACUGAUGUGUGA